AUGCUCGACAAACUCCCUGCUGAGCUCGUCCACCGCAUUGCAUACGACGUGCUCAUCCUCAGCCCGCGCGACGUGGUCAACCUGGCGUGCGUGAACAAGAGCCUGACGACGGUGCUGCUCGGUGAUCGGUACUCGCGCGACCGGGCGCGGCGAUGGCGGGCGACACAGCUGGCGUUGCGGUGGUGUUCGGCUCGCGACGGGCUUGCGGCGUUGUGGGCUCUGCUCGUCCCACAGCGCGACGUGGUGGCUGACUCGCUGGAGUGGUCCGAGGCGGCGGCAACAGCCAUCAAAGCCUUUGCAGACAGCGAGGUGCUGAGUAAGGAUGAGCUGCUGGCGCGGGCGUGCAAGCGCGGACAUACGCUCGCGGUUGCCGCGCUCAUCAAGCACAGCGGCUACUCGCCCACCGACGACGAUUGUUUGGCGUUCCGGCUGGCGGCACAGUGUGGCCAUCUGGACAUUGUUGAGUUUCUGGCAGCUCAAGAGGGCGUCGAUGCCGGUGCGUAUAACAACUAUGCCGUCCGCUGGGCAGCCCGCUAUGGGCGUGUCGAUGUGGUCCGCUUUCUCCUCGCCCAUCCCGCUGUCGACCCGGCGGCAGACAACAACUGCGCCGUCCGCUGGGCCGGCAUGUGCGGUCAGAUCGCCACGCUUCGCCUGCUUCUUGCUGAUCCGCGGGUCGAUCCGACCGCCAACAACUCGGAGGCCCUGCGCAAGGCGGCGCACGUCGGCUGCGCAACCGCUGUCCGGCUCCUUCUCGACGACGGACGCUGCGAUCCACGAGCUGAAGACGACUACGCCCUCAAGUGGGCACUCAAGUACGGUCAUGCCACCAUUGUUGCCGCGCUGGAGGCUGUGGUCCCGCCAGAGGUGGUGGCGGCGAUUGCCGAGUAG